AGAUGAUGAUAACAGCUAGCUGGUCACUCAGAGAUGAGGAAGGCUCUGCUGCUAGGAGAUUAUUUAAAGAGAGAGGGAGAGAGAGAGAGCGUGUUCGUGCGGAGGACCAGGUUCAGCCGUACCUGCCACAUCUGUCCCCCGAAUCCUACAUCCGGAAGGGCACUGGGGGCACUCCCCACUUGGGGAGCCUGCUACUGAGGUGUCUGGCACUGUCCAGACUGCCCGCCACGUACCCCGGGCAGGCAGGACAGCGGCUCCAAGGAGCCCCGGAUUCGGACAGUUGGGCGAGAAAGAUCCGGAAAGUUGACGGACCGGAGACACAGGAGGCGUGGGUUCGAUCCCUGGUCCGGGAAGAGCCCCUGGAGGAGGAAAUGGCAACCCCCCUUCCGGUAUUCUUGCCUGAAGAAUCCCGUGGACAGAGGAGCCUGGCGGGGCUACAGUCCCUGGGGUUGCAAAGAGUCGGACAUGACUGAGCCCCUAAUCAGAAAAGGUCCAGCUUCAGGUCUGAGGCAUGGUGGUCCUGUUGGAUUUCGUAAGCCUCCUGGUACUCCUGAACUCAGCAUGCUCCAUGGUCCUGGCAGGAGACGCGGAAUCUCCUAUUGUAAACGUGACGCUGGAUUCAAGGAAAAAAAUAUUAAGCUGGAAUACCCGGGGAAUCGUGACUCGGCAAACAUGUGCGAUCGUCACGCCUCUCGACCCCGACGACAUCAGCCCAGACCUACAGGUCAGAAACAACGAUAGCUACUUCUGCACGUUUCCCAACGCCGUCCUACACCAGGGGGCCACGCUGACCGUGAACGCCACCUCUGGGGGCCGGGAGUUCUCGCACCAGCUGACCUUUACAAACCCAGGCAAGGAGGGCUCCGGAGCCCAGAACCUCUCGUGCGUCAUCUACAACAUCCAAUUCAUGAACUGCAGCUGGACGCGGGGCCCGGCCGCCCCUGCAGACGUGCGGUAUCAGCUCUACACAUGGACGUCUCUGCACGGAAACGUGUCCGAGUGCGGCCACUACAUCCUUGACUCGGCCGGGACGCGCGUGGGCUGCCACUUCGACGAGCUCGGCGAAGGCCGCACCACAGACGAUUACUUCUUCCUGGUGAACGGAACCAGCAGCGACACGGACAUCCAGUUUUUGGACUCUCCUCCCAUGAACGGCCGGAGGCUGGAAAAGUAUAACCCGCCCGCGAACCUCACCGUCAAGGACAACGUGUCCCAUUACGUGAUUCGCUGGGACGCCCCCGCCAUCAGAUACAGCCUGUCUAAUAGCGUCUUGUGUUACGCGCUGGAUAUCCAGAAGACGGGCAGCUUUUCUAAGAGAGAACCGGUUUUUCUGAGCAGACAACAUAAAAACGAGUACAGACUGCCCAGCUCUGACGUAAGAGGAGAGCACACCGUCCGCAUGAGGGUGCAACACGUGCAGUUUCAAAUCUGGAGUGAGUGGAGCUCCACGCACCGUUUCGGCGUCCCCGAGAAGAAUUUCCUGAUGGUCUCGAUCGGGCUGGCGGUGGGGGCCGCGGUUUUGUUUGGCAUGGCCGUGAUGUUCCUCUGUAAAAGGUUCUCCCUGAAGAAGAAGCUGUUUCCGCCCAUCCCGCGGGUGAAGCAGGAACUCGCUGGCUCGUUCCUGGCCAGCCUGGAGGAGACGGCCUCGUGCGGAGGCCACCCGCCGUCAGCCUCCCAGGACCCCGAGGACAUCUUCACCGUGGAGGAAACCCAGUCGUUGGCGAGAGGACCAGCGAAGAUGGUAGGCCCAGCCCCAGACCCCAACCCUUACGAAAACAUCCCUUCUGGGCGUCCUCUGCCCAGCCACUGAGAGGACCGUGAUUCGACUCGCCCGCCUCUCGCCGUCCGAUCCCACUGCCUCUGCCUUUGCUACGUCGUCCCCCCGCUUCCCCGCCUGCUGGCCACCGCUGCACACGCCUCUCCCAGCUGUGGGAGGGUCCCGCCGCCAGCAGCCGUCGCCCAGAUGUGCCCCGUCGGUGGGUGAGGGUCCUGGCGGAGUCCGGCUCACGCUCUGGUCCGGGUUCUCUCUGUGAAGAUGGGCACCGAACUUGCCCGAAACAGCACAGACGUGGGGAUGAAGAAAUGACAGGGUGUUCGGUCUCCAUGGGUUCGGGAAGAUGCCCUGGAGGAGGGCACGGCAACCCACUGCCGGGUUCUUGCCUGGAGAGUCCCGUGGACAGAGGAGCCUGGCGGGCUGCAGUGCGUGGAGUCGCAAAGAGUCGGACACGGCUAAAUCAAGUAAGCAACAAAAAAAGGAACAGCAUGUACCUGCUGGAGCCGGCCCGCGUGGAUAAGUACAGGACAGCGUCAGCGUGGUCUCCCUUUUGGGGACGGGUUUCCCGUUAGACACUUCUGAACCGAACUGAAGUGUGCCAGCCAACCAGAUAACCUGGAAAGCGACAGAGGCUUUAAGAGAAAGUGAGCAAGGUUCUCCCGAUGAAUCAACUGGCCUCUGUCUGUUUUUCGAGCGACGGGAGCAGACACAGGAUGAGGACGGAGGAUGGCAGGUUGUGCACGAUCCUCUUCCGUGGCGUCUCUGGACAACCACACGGGGAAGCAUCUCGCUGGGUUCCAACCUCGUCCAGGAGGGACCCGACUCCCGGGCACAGCUCUCUCUCACUCGGGCUGCCGGCUGGGGAUGCUAGAAGCAGAGACACCCAGCUCCGACAGCGGGACCCCCACCACCGACCCCGACUCCUGCUCUGAUUUCCCGGAAACACCGUGAGCCGGUCCCAAGCCAAGGCUACGGAGAAACAGGUGUUUCGCAAGAGACGGCGGCCGCUGCUAAGAUUUCAUCGCGAAGCUUCUGCGUUUGGGGUUGGUGCACCUCGCUCAGGAAGAGCGUCUUGUGAAACGCUUGCGGUGUUUUGAGAAAAUCGAGAAAGAUGAGGUCUUGGAAUCAGAGAAGGCGCCCGCUAUCUCUGUGGCCACGGAGCCUGCAGCCCCGAGAUAAGCCGUGCGGUCACCCCAGCGGGUCUCCUGGGCGAGGUACUGCCUGUGAUCACCGGGCGGGUGACUGCAGACCCCCCAGCUCCGGCCAGGAGUGGCCUGGUUUCGCAAAGAUCGGCUUCCCUUCCGGCCUCAGGUCCGGCUGAAAAUGGGCUUGGACCCCGGGACACGCUCAUCGACAGGUAUGAGUUUAUGAGUAAGUUCAACAUCAGAACCCAGGCACUGUCCUGGCGGCCGGUGGUGAAGACUUUUCCUUCCAGUGCAGGGGGGCGUGGGUUUGAUUUCUGGUCGGGGCCUAAGAUCCCAGGUGCUUCCACACCAAUAAAGCAGAACAUGAAACAGAGCAAUAUUGUAACAAACUGAAUACAGGCUUUUAAAAAUU